GUUUCACUUGAAUACCGUGAUGUUAGUGACUGUAUGAAACUGUUUUCCUGCCGCUGAUUUUUAGAUUGGAAGUAACAGACAAACUGAAGGAUUAACUGAUACUCAGAUUCCACAGAGCAGAAACUCUUGAAGACUGACUCUGUGAAACUCUUGAAGUGGAUUUUCUCUGGUCCGAUGCGAGAUGUUUGUGCUGUUUUUCAUCUUGGGUCUGCUGGACGCUCAAGCUCAGGGUUGGUCUCAACCCAAGAUCACGGUGAACUCUGACGUUGUGACGGGUUCUGACGUGAUUCUGGACUCUGGUUCUCCUCUUCGUCUGAGCUGUGAGGGCAACGGUCCAGUAACAUUGAUUCCACGACUGGCUAAGCACAAGCGCUUAAUCUCUAAGAGAAACGGAAAGGUCCACAGUCUCCACGUGAAAACAGCCACAGCAGAAUUUACUGGCACUUACUCGUGUGUUGAUGAUGGGUUGAAUGUGUCUUCUUCUCUGCACGUGUUUGUCAGAGAUCCACAGGUUCUGUUUGUGACGCCGAGCACGUCUCUGCGCUACGUGCGCAAAGAAGGUGAAGAUCUGCUGUUACCGUGUUUACUGACCGACCCUAACGCCACAGACUUCACGUUCCGCAUGGAUAACUGCUCGGCUGUUCCACCUGGAAUGAACGUGACCUUUGACCCCAGGAAGGGCUUUCUGAUUCGGAACGUUCACCCCGGAUACAACGCAGACUAUGUGUGCACCGGCAGAAUUAGAGGAGUUGAGAAAGUGUCAAAGACUUUCUCAAUAAACGUCAUACAACGGUUACGUUUCCCCCCGUACGUUCACCUCAACAGAAACAUGUACGUCAAACUGGUGGGAGAGGAACUUCAAAUCAGCUGCACCACAAAUAAUCCAAACUUUUAUUACAACGUCACCUGGACGCACUCCUCUAUAAAGCUGCCCCGAGCUGAGGAGAAAUCCACCAUGGCAGGAGAUCGACUGGCCAUCGAGAGCGUCCUCAUCAUUCCAGCUGUCAGACUGUCUGAUUCAGGUAACAUCACCUGUACGGGACAGAACGAAGCCGGAGCCAACAGCUCCACCACUCAACUGAUCGUCGUGGAUGAGCCUUACCUUCGAAUGUCAGCCAAACUCUCGUCUAAACUCACUCGUCGCCAUCUGUCCAUCGAGGUCAACGAAGGAGACGACGUAGAUCUCAGCGUUCUGAUCGAAGCGUAUCCCCCUCUCACCUCUCACUGGUGGAAGACCCCAUCAUCCCAUAAUGCAUCUCUCCUAGAGCAAAGGUUUUACAACUAUAACGACAGGUACGAUGCUCUGCUGUUUCUCAAGAGACUCAACUUUCAGGAGGUGGGACGUUACACGCUGUAUGUGCAGAACACCAUGAGAAAUGACUCCAUUACAUUUGACAUUAAAAUGUACAAGAAGCCGGUUGCCACGGUAAGAUGGGAGAACAUCACAACCCUGUCGUGUAGGUCUUUUGGAUAUCCGGCUCCCAGAAUCUUCUGGUACCAGUGCACCGGAGUCACCGUCUUAUGCACAGAGAACUCAACGGGACUCGAGCCCAUUGAAACUCAGACGGUGGAGUUUCAGAAGGAACGGUCUGGGACUGUGGGUGUGGAAAGCGUUCUAACCGUGGGACCGUCAAAUCAGAGAAUGACGGUUGUGUGUGUGGCCUUUAAUCUGGUUGGCCAAGACAGCGACAUUUUUGCCAUGGACGUUUCUGAUAAACUCUUCACCAGCACUUUAUCUGGAGGCGCCGCCACCAUGACGGUUCUACUUCUGCUUCUCUGCUUCUUGCUCUACAAAUAUAAACAGAAACCAAGAUAUGAGAUCCGCUGGAAGAUCAUCGAAGCCACCAACGGAAAUAACUACACCUUCAUAGACCCGACACAGCUGCCGUACAACGGGAAGUGGGAGUUUCCACGGGACAAACUGAAGCUGGGUAAGACUCUGGGUGCAGGAGCCUUUGGGAAGGUGGUGGAGGCCACGGCGUACGGUCUGGGGAAAGACGACAUCGUCACUCGUGUGGCUGUGAAAAUGCUUAAAGCCAGCGCUCAUUCAGAUGAGCGAGAAGCUUUGAUGUCAGAACUGAAGAUUCUCAGUCAUCUCGGACAGCACAAGAACAUUGUUAAUCUACUGGGUGCCUGCACUCACGGUGGUCCAGUGUUGGUGAUCACCGAGUACUGUUGCCAUGGUGACCUUCUGAACUUCCUGCGUCACAAAGCUGAAAACUUCCUGAACUUUGUUAUGUCAAUUCACAACAUUCCGGAGCAGACGACGGAUUAUAAGAAUGUGACGGCUGAACGAACGUUUCUUAGAAGUGACAGUGGGAUUUCCAGCACCUGCUCUGGUCAUUAUCUGGACAUGAGACCCACAACAUCCACACUUACAAACUCCCUUCAGGAUUCGUCUUUUGAGAAUCAGGAUGAAGAUUCAUGGCCGCUGGACAUGGAUGACCUCCUCAAAUUCUCCUAUCAGGUGUCAGAAGGACUUCACUUCCUCGCUGCAAAAAAUUGCAUUCACAGAGACGUGGCGGCGAGAAACGUUCUGUUAACUGACCGGCGAGUAGCCAAGAUCUGUGAUUUCGGGCUGGCGCGAGACAUCAUGAACGACUCCAACUACGUAGUCAAAGGAAAUGCUCGUCUUCCUGUCAAGUGGAUGGCUCCGGAGAGUAUUUUUGAGGGUGUAUAUACGAUUCAGAGUGAUGUCUGGUCUUAUGGCAUUCUUCUGUGGGAGAUCUUUUCAUUGGGUAAGAGUCCGUACCCCAACAUCCCAGUUGACUCAAAGUUCUACAAAAUGAUUAAAUGUGGCUAUCAGAUGUCCAGACCGGAUUUUGCUUCCCCAGAGAUAUAUACGAUCAUGAAGAUGUGCUGGAACCUGGAACCGUCUGAACGACCGAACUUCAACAAGAUCACUCGGUUUAUUGAGAGAUUGUUAGGAGAGACACCGGAGCAGAAGCAGUCGCAGUAUCAGAACGUCCAGUCUGAAGGUGAGUCAUGUGACCCUGUUACCCAUGAGGAGGAGACAUGUGAGACAUCAUGUGACCAGGAAGAAGAAACUCAGCUGCUCACUAAAGUCAACAACUAUCAGUUCUGUUGAGAAUGAAAUUUCAGCCGCAGUUCAGUUAUUUCACUCAGUUAUGUCUUAAAAACAGUUUCUCUGCUGAGUUUCAGGGUCCAGAUGAAAAAACCUUGAGCUGAGCAAAAUGACAAACAAACAGGAUAAGGACAUUUUAAUAUUGUUUUCUAAAUGUCUCGCAAUUGUCCGCACCAUCAGCAGCCAAACUGUACGUCUCAAAACAGUUUCAUAUUCGCAUGUUGGGUUUCUCAUAAGAAAAGAGUUGCUAUAGCCCCAGACGUUGAGAAUCACUCUCGUAAAGGGUCUUAUAUUCUUUUGUUAACUUGAGGCUUGUUGUUUUCAACUCAGUUUGUUUCACUUCUCAGAUAAGAAUUAGCUGAGGAUCUUUUAACAGACAGAAGUCUGACAUUAAGCUUCCUCUUCUUCAGUAAAGUCGAACUUCUCUGUUCUGGACUGAAGCUGCUUCAGCACUUUAACAUGCCAUCGCUGCACAUCCCACUUCCGCUUUAAACAUGUUUCACAAUCUUAGAUAAACUCAUAGAAGCAAACGUUGUGAAUUAGUGUUUUUAAGAGCAGGCGAGAGGUCAAUGAACCAGCAGACGAGUCUGAUGACCUCUGACCUCAUUCUUAGUCAAUCCUGCAGAGUAAACGCAGUAUUCCAGCACAUUUACUGCCGAUUGUGGCAGUUCAGAGCGAUAAGAGCGCAGGUCUUUCGGACGGGUAAAACAUUGACACACUUGUGGUGCAAUAAUAAUAAUUCUAUGUCUGAGGUCAGACGGUCGUUGUCUUAUUUCAUCAGAUGACAGAAGGUCAAAGAUGAAACACGUUCUGAUUAAUAAACAACCUUGUUCAUUAUAGAAGCAUUUGAAAUAGAAAGUUAUUGUUCGUAGUUUCCACUUUUUUGUGUGCUGAAGUUAAAUUUGUUCAAAUGACAUUUGUUAAAAGUAUUGUUUUGCUGUUUCACAUCAUGUAGCACUAUAGACUGUUCAUGUACUGCCAUAACCUGAGGUAUCUUAAGCGUCAUUUCAUGUAAUUGAUUUUUUAUUUCUUCAAGCACAGACUGCCAUAUAUGAUAUAACAUCAUUGUUUACAUUGAUUAAACACUUUUCUAUGGUG